AUAGUCAUAAAAGUGACAAAUAGUUGAUAACUUGAAAUUGAAAUCAUUUUAUGAUAUGUUUUGUGUUUUUGUUUAUCUGUUAUUACAAUAAAUAUGUUAUCAAUUGAUUAGUCGAUCACUAAAUUGAAUAGUUUUUGUUGUCAUAUAUAUUGAUAAUAUAUCUCACAAUCAAUCUAUAAAUUGUUGUUUGUUUUGCCAACCAAUGCAUUGUUGACUAUUGUUAUCAUUGAUUGAUCAGCUGUUGUGUUGAUAUCAUUUGGUUGACUCUCAUCUCAUUUACUGACCAGACGUUGAACUGCCGAAGCAAUGCCUUCAAGAGAUGGCGGCCAACGCUCUAGAAGUCGUUCAUCCGGUGGUCACAAUUGGCAACGAUCUCAUCGUUCUGGUCAUCGAUCGGGUCAUUCUUGCGGACAAAAUGCCAUUUUGCAUACAUUUGAUGAAAACUUCUCGUUUAUCUCUCCGUGUCUUAAAUAUUCGCUCUUCUUUUUCAACCUCUUGUUUUGGUUAAUAGGAGGUGUGCUCAUAGGUCUGGGUUUGUGGUCAUUCCUCGAGGAAUAUAACCAUACAUUUAUUAAAGUGCAGAAUAUAUUGGAUAUUAUAUUACAUAUCUCUGUUGCACUCAUGACUGUCGGCACUAUUAUAUUCAGUAUGAGUUUUGCCGGAUGUUUGGGUGCACUCCGAGAGAACCUAUUUUUACUUAAACUGUAUUCAUUAAUGCUUUUAUUGCUGUUUGUCGGAGAAGUGGUUCUGUCAACCGUUGCAUUUGUUUUUCCCAAUUCCUUCUCAUUUUACAUAAAGGAAAGUCUUUCAAAGGAUCCCAUAAUUAAAUAUAGAGACGACACAAAUCUCCAGAAUCUCAUUGAUGUCAUCCAAACUGAGUUCAAAUGUUGUGGUAUUUCAGAUAAAGGAUAUAAAGAUUGGAACCGCAACAUAUACUUUGAGUGCAACCAAACCAACCCGAGUCCGGAGCGAUGUGCAGUGCCUUUCUCUUGUUGUCGAAAUCCUAGAAAUUUUGAUAGUGGUCUCAUAAAUAUCAUGUGUGGAUAUAAUGUACAGAAUAUCAGUUCAGUAGUUGAAGUUAAUAAAUAUAUAUUUACAAGAGGUUGUGUGGAAGCCAUAACUGAGAUAAUUGAGCGAAAUAUGAAUUUAGUGGCCGCUGUUUGUUUGGGAUCGGCACUCAUCCAAUUGUUGGCCAUGUUUUUAGCCCGAUCCCUUCAGGGACAGAUUCUCGCACAGAGAGCUCGAUGGAUGUGACACUUGCAGUAAACACACUGUAAUACAUCAAUCCGUCUUUCAUUUGUUUUCAGUUUAUGCUCUUUUUGCUUAAUUAUUAUUUACAAUA